CACCCAAGCAGGACAUUAACUGAGAUCGAAUGGCUGCCUUUCCUUGUGUGAUCGUAUUUUUCUUGGUCUCCUCCACUUGGGCACCUACUGUUUUUUCAGGACUGAGACCACGGAACCCUGCUAAAUGGCCUCCACCCCCAUGUAGGAUGUACUUCCCAACGGAUCUCCUUUAUGAACCAGAUGAACCAGAAUGCCCUGAUAUAGCUGCCCCUGUUUGUGCUACAAAUGGCCACACUUUUCAGAAUGAGUGUUUCUUUUGUCUUGCUCAGUGGGAAUUUGGUCAUCGUAUUAAAUUUGGUAACUAUGGAAAAUGUGAGCGUGGGUAACAGAGUAUUCCACUUGUUUAUUCUUUUCAUUACUUAAUUCUAAAAAUCAUUUCUCUUGGAAUUUGAGGAUGUAUAAUAAAUAACAUGCCUGUCUAUGCUGCACCCAAAUUUGUAAUGAAGUCGGGGGGAAAUUAAGCUAAUGGAGAACUAAAUACUGCAUUUAUUACAAAUAAACGUUAUAACAAAAAAGGUGAUCAGUGUUCAUCCCUGGGCGCUGGUUGUUUACAGUCAGCUUUCAU